CAAAUUACUAGCCAACACAUUUACACUUCAGCAUUGCUAAGGAAGUGUUCUCAAAGUCUCGUGAAACAGGAAAACGCCUCAUACGCAGUGCUGCUGUGUGUCUACAAAUCUAGUUGUACUUCUGAAAGAAGAAACGGACAUUCUAGUCUAGUGCAGCUAACCUUUUGGGUCUAUUUCAGCUGCUAGCUUUCACAACCCUGGACGACAAUAAUAAUACGAUCCGAUCUGAGGGUUUGGUAGGAUGUGGUAUUUGUCUCUGACGCUGUAGAAAUAAUAACGGUGUUUACUGCUUCACACGUAAGGGAUUCAGACUUACGUUAACUUGCUAACAUUAUCGUAAAUAAUGUUAGCAACAUAAAAAUCAUAAAAUCAGCCAUUUAUAGUGUGAUGACAGCAAUGAUCUGCCUCGCUGUGGUCUCACGGACGUCAAGAGGCACGCGAGCUUUAUUUAGCGGUCCAGCCCGAAAAAGAAUAACAACGUAACUUACAAAUACGUAUACAUCGCUGAGUCCAAGAAUAAACAUAGAAGUUGUUGUUUGUAUCAUUACUUAGAACUUUUAGUUGUGGGAGACAUUUUAUUUCCCGAUACAAAUAUAAGUAGUAGCUCCAUUUUCCAAACGUAGACGUUUAAUUUGGAAUUCCAAACCGGAAGUCGUUCUUCUAUAAUUUAGCGAACCAAACGUAACCGUGAAUGUAACCGUAGCUUCCUCGGCUAAUCUGUUUACAUGUUACCCGGCCAGCUACGAGCUCGUUUUGACAGGGCGGGUUGUGUCGUUAAAUCCUAAAGACAGCGAGCAGCUGGACAAGACGGCCAGCCACGCGCGCGCGAGCAUUGUACGUGCGCUCGCGAUAAUGUCAGUUAGCCACAACGUUAUUUGGCUAACGUUACCUCGCUAGGUGAGACCAGCUGAAGUGUAUCUUGCAACCAAAAACAUGGGUGUAUCUGAACGCGCUCUGUGAGGUGGUACUCGCCGAGGUGUCUCUCUCGCCCUUUGCAGAGACGCGGAUCCUGCCGGAGUGUCUAGCGGAAGGGGAGCGCGACCAUGCUGUGCUGGGGGAAUGCCUCCUACGGACAGCUGGGCUUGGGUGGGAUUGAUGAGGAGAUUGUGGUUGAGCCACGAACAUGUGAAUUCUUUCACGGGAAGCAAGUGUGCGAUUUGGGGUGUGGCCACAGACACACAACCUUCCUGCUGGAGGAUGGGACGGUGUACACCUGUGGCUGCAAUGACCUGGGGCAGCUGGGGCAUGAGAAGUCCAGAAAGAAACCAGAACAGGUUGUGGCCUUGGAUGCACAGAUCAUACUGGCAGUGUCAUGUGGAGAGUCCCAUACACUUGCCCUUAAUGACAAAGGGCAGGUGUUCUCAUGGGGUCUGGGCUCAGAUGGGCAGUUGGGCCUGCAUAACUUUGAAGAAUGUGUUCGUGUGCCUAGAAAUAUCAAGAGUUUGUCAGAAGUACACAUUGCUCAGGUAGCCUGUGGGUAUUGGCAUUCACAUGCACUUUCAAGAGGGGGCCACGUCUUCUCCUGGGGCCAGAAUCAAUAUGGACAACUUGGGCUCGGAAUAGAUGGACAGAGCAUUUCCACGCCCCAAAUAAUUCAGUCUCUGCAGGGCAUUCCUUUUAAUCAGAUAUCAGCAGGUGGUGCUCACAGCUUUGCGCUCACUCUCUCAGGAGCGGUGUUCGGUUGGGGGCGCAACAAGUUUGGUCAGCUGGGUCUCAAUGACUGCAAUGAUCGUUUUUCCCCAGCCCUGCUGAAGUCCCUUAGAUCCCAGAGAGUGAUUUACAUCUCCUGUGGAGAAGAUCACACAGCAGCACUGACUAAGGAAGGAGGUGUGUUCACAUUUGGAGCAGGAGGAUACGGACAACUUGGACAUAACUCUACAAACCAUGAGAUCAACCCGAGGAAAGUGUUUGAGCUCAUGGGAAAUGUAGUCACGCAGAUUUCAUGUGGAAGGCAGCACACGCUAGCUUUCACACCCUCCUGUGGGAAGAUGGACUCAUUUGGGCUUGCUGGUAACGGGCAGCUUGGUACUCGCUCCACUUGCAACAGAAAAAGUCCUGCCACUGUCAAAGGCCCCUGGGUAGCCUCCAAAUAUACAGACUCGGAGCCGUGCUGUUAUGUCAAGAGGAUUUACGCCGGAGGAGACCAGAGCUUUGCUCAUUAUUGCACUACCAAUAAACUCCAGAACAUGGAUGACGUGAGGAUACAAGAUCCCCACAGAAAGAUUUGCACCUUGAACGAGGAUAUCAUACACAAGUGGUGUACCUACUCCCCAGGAAGACUCCCCCUGGAGAUCUCCAAUGAGAUUGACCUCGUGUUCUCCUCAGCAAGCUGCCUCAAUGGAUCUUUUCUGUCAACCAGCCAUCCAGAUCACUACAGUACCAGCAGCAAAUGUUCAGGGGUGGAUAUGAACAUGGCUCGCCUCCUGUUGCACAGAGUGGUCCAACGAGGUCACCAUGAGCUUACUCAGCAGAUUGCAGCCAGUCUCGAGAAGAACCUCAUUCCCAGACUAAGCAACUCUCCUCCAGACAUUGAAGCCCUGAGACUCUACCUCACUCUUCCAGAAUGCGCUCUCUUCAGGGACCGAAAUAGUUACGUGACCAUCGCGAUCCCGUUUGCCAAAUCCCUCCUCAGUCUGAAAGAGGCUCCACUGAAGGUUCUAGGAAACUGGUGGUCUACAUUUGAGCCCCCAGUCUUCCAGCGGCUGGUUGAGUUGUACAAGGAAGUGGUGGUGUAUCUGCUGCAGAUGCACAAGAUGGGCAUUCCUUCGGUAGAGCAGAGGAUUUUCACUUGUUUCCUGGACACGUCCCUCCGACUCCUGGAGAUCCUGCACACGGUGAGUGAGAGAGCAGGUCACAUCAUUCAGUACGAUACAUUCUACAUCCAUGAGUUGGAUGACCUAAUAGACAUCAGAAAUGACUACAUCACAUGGAUUCAGAGGCAGAUGUACCCAUUGGGUCAUGAUGGUGUGGUGACUCUGUGCAGGUAUCCCUUUGUGUUUGAUGCCCAAGCAAAGACCACGCUGCUUCAGACUGAUGCCAUCAUACAGAUGCAGAUGGCAGUGGACCAGGCACAGAUGCAAAACUUCAGUUCCAUGUUCCUGCCAGCGGUUGAAUCCGUCAACCCGUGCCUCAUCCUCAUUGUUCGGAGAGAAAAUAUUGUUGGAGACACCAUGGAAGUCCUCAGGAAAUCAAAGAAUGUCGACUACAAGAAACCACUCAAGGUGAUCUUCGUGGGAGAAGAGGCGGUCGAUGCAGGAGGCGUGAGAAAGGAGUUGUUCCUCCUGAUCAUGAAAGAGCUGCUGGAUCCCAAAUAUGGGAUGUUUCGUUACUACGAGGAGUCCAGGCUCAUAUGGUUUUCAAACAAGACCUUUGAGGACAUUGACUUGUUCAACCUCAUCGGGGUAAUCUGUGGUCUGGCCAUCUACAAUCUCACGAUAGUGGAACUCAACUUCCCUGUGGCCCUUUAUAAGAAGCUGCUGAAGAGGAAGCCGACACUAGAUGACCUGAAAGAGCUAAUGCCAGAUGUGGGAAGGAGUCUGCAGCAGUUACUCGACUACACAGAAGACGACCUCGAGGAGACCUUCUGCUUAAACUUCACAAUCACAGAGGAAAACUAUGGUGCCAUAGAGGUCUUGGAGCUGGUACGGAACGGCGAAGACAUCACUGUCGAUAAAUCAAACAGGCAGGACUUUGUCUAUGCAUACGUAGACUAUGUUUUCAACACAUCCGUGGCCCCGCUGUUCGAGUGCUUCUAUGCAGGCUUCCACAAGGUGUGCGGUGGAAAAGUUCUCGAGCUGUUCCAGCCAAAUGAACUGCAAGCCAUGGUCAUUGGCAACACCAACUACGACUGGACGGAGCUCGAAAAGAGUACUGAAUACAAAGGGGAGUACUGGACAGACCAUCCCACCAUCAGGCUCUUCUGGGAGGUGUUCCACCGUCUUCCUUUAGAGGAGAAAAAGCAAUUCCUCUUGUUCCUCACAGGAAGUGACCGCAUACCCAUUUUGGGCAUGAAAAGCCUGAAGCUGGUGAUCCAGCCCACCAGCGGAGGGGAGCAAUACUUACCUGUGGCCCACACCUGCUUCAACCUGCUGGACCUACCCAAGUACAGGAGUUUGGAAAUACUCCGGGAGAAGCUUCUACAAGCUAUAGAUUACAAUCAAGGCUUUAAUCUUGCCUGAUAGUACACAGAAAUGCCUAUAACUCCAUGUCCAGACUGUUGACGCAACCACAUUCCCAAAUGGUUUAUUUUCGCAGACGGAAAUCUGCUGUAAGAACUAACUAAGAGUUGGAUGUCUAGACUUUCACAGGUAAUCUUGACUUUGAUUUCCCAGCUUUUUCCCCCCGUGCCAUCACAGUAUUUGAUGCUCUAUUACAAGUUGAUUCGCAUUUGAUAUUUAUCUUGUAGAUAUGUUCUUGUUUGGAUAUGACAAGUACGAUUAGGCAAACUACUGUUACUUAGAGCAGCGGUCCCCAACCUUUUUUGAGCCACGGACCGGUUCCGUGUCAGACAAUACUUUCACGGACCGGCCUUCAGUGUGCGAUAAAUAUGACGUAAUAAAAUGAUACGACCGGCAUAAUGUGCUUAAAAAUACAACUCACCAUGACGCCGAAUUAGUGGCCCUGAGCUUGUUUAUCUGCACCGAGCCAGUGCCAUCUCGGGGUGAUGGGAGACAACGACACCCGAAGUGUAUCUGUUAUGUCCAGUCUGCUCCGUAACUUAGUUUUCGUCGCUGUGAUUGCAGAAAACCCGCUUCACAAAGAAGCUCUCCAAAGACUUUUUUUUUUACUCAUUUUCUCUCGCUUGUGGGUUUGCUAUAGCUCGCUAGCUUUUCUCAAGAGGUUACUGAUGUGUAAUACGUGACCUCUUGAGAUGUGACGUAUUUCAUGACCUCGUGAGAGGCUCAGAUGCACAGACGGAUGUAUCCGGUCCUUUAUAAAAAUAAAACAUUCUUCCGACUUUGAUAAACGUUUCUUUUUUUUUUUCAUUCACUCGUUCUGUACCGGUCCGGGGGUUGGAGACCGCUCACUUAGAGUACAGGGUAUGCAUACAGCAACAUUAGCACCUGUAAAGUAUAAUGCAAUGCAGUAGCACUACCUUGAUGAAGCUUUUAAUGUAAUAGUGAGACGUUUCUGUGAUGUCUAUUUUGGUGUACAAAUACACCGUGACCUCAAAAUGACAAGAUUUUAAAGCGACAGCUCUCUGACUGGGUUUCAACCAAAAUGUAAAAUUUUAAGCUCCCCAUGGUGCAUGGCUACUGCAGUGAAUCGUGUUGUAUUUUACAGGAGACCAUGAUGUUGUGUCCAUCCCCUGUAUAUUAAAUGUUUGAACCCAGUUCACACACCAA